GCUAACUCGACUUGCCGUCUCCGCGAGUGCUGCGUACGCGCCGCAUUUGUCAAUAUCCUGACAGCGAGCGAGGCUUGACACAACGUUGUUUCUGGCCUAAACCUGCUGGACCAGCGAAAUGGCGCCAAGACGAGCGGUUGCACUGCUACUUAGCACAGCCUGUGCCAGCGCACUCGUGGCGCCGCAGCCGCGCGCGGGACGCAGCCCGGCGCCGCAGCCGAGAAGCCGAGUGGCGCCGCUGCAGUCCGAGCCCGGGCCGCAGCCGCCCGCGCCGGAGCCCGAGAAGCCGAGGCCCGAGCCGCGCCCGGUCAUCAUGCCGACGGUCACGGGCUCGAACGGCGAGCAGAUCGAUGUCGUGUCUCGAUUGCUCAAGGACCGCAUUUUGCUCCUCGGCAGCGAGGUAAAUGACGAAGUAGGCAACGUGCUCGUCGCGCAGAUGCUCUACCUCGCGAACGAGGACCCGGAGGCCGACAUCACGCUGUACAUCAACAGCCCCGGCGGCUCGGUAUCCGCGGGCAUGGCCAUCUACGACACGAUGCAGUUCAUCCCCUGCGACGUGAGCACGGUCUGCUUCGGCAUGGCCGCGUCGAUGGGCGCGUUCUUAUUAGGCGCCGGCGCCAAAGGGAAGAGGAAAUCCCUGCCGAACGCGCGCAUCAUGAUCCACCAGCCGCUCGGCGGCGCGCAGGGCCAGGCCGCCGACAUCGAGAUCCAGGCGAAGGAGAUCCUUUUCACCAAGGCCGUCAUCAACACGUACAUGGCCGAGUACACGGGCCAGCCCGCGGACAAGCUCGCCGAGGAUACGGACCGCGACUUCUACAUGAUGCCCGGCGAGGCCAAGGACUACGGCCUCAUCGACGAGGUCAUCAAGACGAAGACGAGCCACAUCAACCUCGGGACGAUGCCGUCGCUGGACUAGGAAGUGUAAGAGUUCGAGUAGUAUGGCGCUUAGUCGCCGUGGGGAGAGGGGGGAACAUGCU